AUGUCAAUAAUUUGUUCCAAAUCUUCCUCUAGCAUGAGCUCUCGCAAUAGCGUACCUUUUCUGGCCGACAUUUUGGAUAUGUUUUCCUCAACUAAAACCUCCAGAGCAGCAACAGCAGCGGAGGUUGCAGGAGGACUUGCUGCCAUGGUAGAUCCUAUGUCUCCUUCUUCAAUGAGAUCCAUCACAUCAGGGUUACCACAGACAGCAGAAAGUGGUGCAACACCACCUGCUAAUGCUUUUCCAAGACAGACGAGAUCUGGCUUUAUUCCAGAAGCCCAAGAUUGUAAAAGUUCUCCUGUUCUUCCAAGUCCAGUUUGA